AAUGGCUCCAGGAAGGGGCCCCCAUGCUAUAAAGGGCAGGGCUGAUUCGGCAGAUGAAGGAGCGUCGGCAGCCGGUGUUAUCGGGUACAACACGUGGCCCCGCACCUAUUACAAAGGCAAAUACUCAAUCUGAAACAAUACAGCAUUUUACACUGGAUGCCGUCUCUUUUAUUCCUACUUUCAUUUGAAGUCGGCACUGUAAAUAAUUUACUUUUAAAGUGAAAUAUCAGUUAUAAUCAUGCAUCGGGUGAAGAAUGCAACAGAAACCAAACUAUUGCCGCAAGUCAUUUACUUAUGAGAGCGAAGGACGUGAACCGAGAGCGCUGGACAUCAUCAGCUUUUAUCACUUCGCAACUAAUCGUGAUAUGGAUGGUAACCCUGUGCUAGAUUUUAAGGACAUCGAGACGAAGGUGGGUCGCAAAAUACCCGAAGGUCUCAAGCGAUCGAUCUGGCAAGGAGGAUCUAAGCAAGCCAAGGAGGAGAUGAUCGCAGCGCCCUGCGUCCCGGGGGACAACGCCAGCGCGUCCCGGCGUCUGCACGGCAAGGUGCUCCUUCUAAGGCAAGAAAUGGCGCACCUCCGUGCGAUCGACAUCAAGCUGAUGCAGCAGCUGCUGGCGAUCAACGAUGCCAUUGAGUCCAUCAAGUGGGUGAUGGAGGACAAAGGCCCCAGCAGGGACAGCAGCCUGGCCGGAAGCCUCAACAGCCUGCUGGACAGCCCUGAAAACUCCCUGAGGGGCAGCUGCGACAGCCUGCAGGGCAUGAGCGACGGCUCUGACGGCGUUUCCGUCGGGAGCUACCUGGACACUCUAGACGUGGACAAUUUCUCACAGCAGCUCGUUUUGGAGGAUGCAUUAGAUAACGAUGCAAAGGCAGAAUUAAACACAUAUUAUUGUUUCAGGUAAUUGAGCAAUAAGCCAGAGGAGAUGGUAGGCUGUUCUUACCGCUGCCUACUGAUUGGGGGUUUGCUGCCUACCACUCACUGCUCAGUUUAUGGGGGGGAGGGGGCAAGCGUGGAAUUUAGACCACAUAAUGUUUAAUGUCAAGCAGCCCUCUUAAAUCAAGUGGGAAAUAAACAUCUAUCCAUAUUUUCACAGCAAAACAAUUAUCUUCACAAACAUGUAUCAGAUAUAUCAUGAUUAAUAUGGUUUAGAUUGAAUGUGGCGUAGGUCUGCUUUCAUCAUUGGUAGGGAUCAAAUCAGCCCCAAACCCCCCCACCCCCCUAACCACAUGGUACUCCUACAAUACUGGUAGGGACAUGUCCUUACUGUCCAUACUGCACAGUACUCCCACAGUACUGGUAGGGACAUGUCCUUACUGUCCAUACUACACGGUACUCCCACAAUACUGGCAGGGACAUGUCCUUACUGUCCAUACUGCACAGUACUCCCACAGUACUGGUAGGGACAUGUCCUUACUGUCCAUACUACACAAUACUCCUACAGUACUGGUAGGGACAUGUCCUUACUGUCCAUACUACACAAUACUCCUACAGUACUGGUAGGGACAUGUCCUUAAUGUCCAUGCUACACAAUACUCCUACAGUACUGGUAGGGACAUGUCCUUACUGUCCAUACUACACGGUACUCCCACAAUACUGGUAUGGACAUGUUCCAACUGUCCAUACUACACAGUACACUCACAAUACUGGUAGGGACAUGUCCUUACUGUCCAUACUACACGGUACUCCCACAAUACUGGUAGGGACGUGUCCCUACUGUCCAUACUACACGGUACACUCACAAUACUGGUAGGGACAUGUCCCUACUGUCCAUACCAAAAUCUUCACCCUUGAUACAAUAUAAAAGUACGAUGGAUGAGGAAAUAAGAAUGAGAAUCCAUUUAUUUUCCCCAUACAAUGUUGAACAAUAAUUUAAAUAAUAAACAAAUGAUAA